CAAUAUCAUCUGCAAUAACAACAGGAAAGCAGUAUUUGGAAUCAAAAUUGUCUACUGUAUCCGAUGCAUACACACUGUCUAUUGUAUGUUAUGCUUUGGCAUUGUCAAAAAGUUCCUUUGGUCCUUCAUGCUUCACUAAAUUGGACCAUUCCAAACAUGUCGAUGGUGACUAUGUUUACUGGCAAGAAAGAACUACAAUUGUUCGUCGUCAGCAGAUUACAGGAACGUUGCAAAAUAGAGCACCUGCACGUGAUAUUGAGACAUCGGCAUAUGCGUUACUUACAUACAUGACCUUAGGGCAUCAUGCUGAAGCUUUCCCCAUCGUUAAAUGGCUUGUUGCACAAAGAAAUCCUGAUGGAGGGUUUUCGUCAACUCAGGAUACAGUUAUUUCUAUUCAAGCACUAACAGAAUACGCAAUCAAACACUCUUCAAUUGCUUCCAAUUAUGGCGUGCAGUUCAAUACAUUCGGAAUGAAUUUUAUGCACUCAUACAAGGCUUCUCAAAACAACUUUGAUUCUUUGCAUACAGUGGAGAUACCUUCUGGUUUAGACAAUGUGAUAGUUCAAGCUAUGGGAGAUGGCAUUGCUGUCGUAGACGUCGUUCAAUCAUUCUAUGUGAGCAGUGUUGGCAACGGGUCUUAUAUUUCGGUCGCUGCAGACAUAGAGAAAGAGUCGUUGAAUUCCCUAACAGUGAGAGCAAACAUAAAAUGGAAUGGUCCAACUUCAAGUCAUAUGAUAAUGAUGGAAAUUGAAACCCCAACUGGAUUUGUUGUUGACAGAGACUUUUUUAUAAAACAGAUUCACGUUAGAAAACAUGAAACAAAUGGGAGGAAAGUUGCUCUGUAUCUUAAUGAGAUCAUCCAAAACGGUCAGUCCGUCGUGACAGUCAAAAUGGACAGGUCCGACCCGGUCGUGAAGAAUCAAGCUUGUCACAUAAUCGUCUAUGAUUAUUACGAACCCACCUACCAAGCAGUGACACGGUACGAGUCCGGUCUGUUAAAGAGAGCCAAUAUUUGUGAUGUAUGCCCAUUGUGUAACUUUUGUACAGGUUCUUCCGGUUUCUCUCAGAUUGGAAUUGGAAAGUGAAUCAAAGAAAUGACAUACUCCCGUUCGACUGUCUUCCGUCGUACAAAAAUAAAGAAACUAUGCACUUGAA